UCUUUCCGACAGCACUCUACUGAGAAAGGUUGCGUGAGACACCACGUAGGGCUCGGGCCUCUUCGGGAGGUUCCGGGGGAUUCUGCGAUUAGACGCGAUCCCCUCGACUCUCCUCAAAGACCGGUUGGUUCUUGCCAGCGCCUUUUAAGGGCACCGUGGGGCGAACGGAGCGCUCAGAGCUGCUCCGGCCGCGGCCCAGGGAGCUGUAAGAGCCGCGACGCCGCAGGCAUGACUGGAGAGGGAGGUCCCAAUGGUGCUGCAGUGGCAGAAGGUGGCUCAUGAGUGAGAUCCAGAAGAACCACAGGGAAGACAUCCAUCAAGUGUGCGAGUCAAGUCCCGGGCAGAAACAUGAUAACCCUGAUCACUGAGCAGCUACAGAAGCAGACGCUGGAUGAGCUGAAAUGCACACGCUUCAGCCUCAGUCUGCCUUUGCCUGAUCAUGCAGACAUACCCAACUGUGGGGACCCUUUCCAGCUUGUGUCUGAAGGUGCUUCCUGGAGGGGCCUGCCCCACUGUUCCUGUGCUGAGUUCCAGGACAGCCUCAACUUCAGCUACCAUCCCUCAGGCCUAAGCCUGCACCUCAGACCACCCAGUCGGGGAAACUCCCCACAGGAGCAGCCCCUCUCCCAAGUACUGAGCCCUGAACCCCCAGACCCAGAGAAGCUUCCUGUGCCCCCUGCCCCUCCAUCCAAGAGGCACUGCCGCUCACUCUCGGUGCCUGUGGACCUGUCUCGCUGGCAGCCAGUGUGGCGGCCCGCCCCCUCCAAGCUGUGGACUCCCAUCAAGCACCGGGGCAAUGCUGGAGGGGGUGGGCCGCAGGUGCCUCACCAGAGCCCUCCGAAGCGGGUCUCCAGCCUCAGGUUCCUCCAAGCUCCCAGUGCCUCUUCUCAGUGUGCCCCCGCCCACAGACCCUACAGCCCUCCUUUCUUCAGCCUGGCCCUGGCCCAAGAUUCCUCUCAACCCUGCGCCACCUCCCCUCAGAGUGGUUCUUGGGAGAGUGAUGGCGAGUCCCUGUCACCCUGCCCACCCCAGCGCCGCUUCUCCCUGUCACCCAGCCUGGGCCCACAGGCAAGCCGCUUCCUGCCCUCUGCCCGGAGCUCCCCUGCAUCCUCCCCAGAGCUGCCCUGGAGACCCCGAGGUCUCCGCAACCUUCCCCGAAGCCGCUCACAGCCUUGUGAUCUGGAUGCCCGCAAAACUGGUGUCAAGCGGCGUCAUGAGGAGGACUCCAGGCGCCUGCGGCCUUCCUUGGACUUUGACAAGAUGAAUCAGAAACCAUACUCAGGAGGUCUCUGUCUCCAAGAAACAGCCCGAGAAGGCAGCAGCGUCUCUCCACCGUGGUUCAUGGCCUGUAGUCCCCCACCUCUCUCUGCUUCCUGCAGUCCCGUUGAGGGUUCAUCCCAGGUGCUGAGCGAAAGCGAAGAGGAGGAAGAAGGGUCUGUGCGGUGGGGACGGCAGGACAAGCGGACAGUGUGCCAGCAGGACUUUGGGGACCUGGACCUGAAUCUGAUUGAAGAAAACUAAAAGGGAGAGGCUGCUUCCUGGGCCGCGCAGACUGUCUAAUGGCUACUAACACAUGUGAAGGCCCCAAGGCUGAGGGCCCAGCCUGGGAAAGGGGAUGAGUGGAGGGCUCCGACUCAGGGCAGCCCAAGUCUUCCUGCUCCAGCAAACUCGACCAUGCCAAGAGACUGGCCGGGACAAGAUAAACGGAGCUGGUGGCGGGAGGGACAGCCCCAGAGCAGACCCUCCCCAUGGCGGCCCUGAGUGUGAGUAUCCCUGCCACUGAGAGCGAUGGGCAGGGAAGGAAGGGGUCUGCUGACCCCAGCUCGGGGAAUUUCACUAGCCCCUUUGCUUCAAAGGGCACUUGUGUCUUAGAAUUUGGCCAGGGUGGGGGGUUCAGUCAGCCUCCUUGGAGAAAUUGUGUGAGUGUGUGUGUGUGUGCAUGGCUGUGUACUUGAGGAAAGGUGUGUUUGUGUAGCCUUAGGGGAGGAAGGCAGUUGCUCCUUUAACAGCAGAGCAUCAGGAUGCCCCAAGAAUCUUGGUUUCUUGUUUUCUUACUAUAACAUGGGGCUUGUUCAAGGUGUCAUGAGGAGAGAGCUUUUUUUUUCUUUUGGGUCUUAAUAGCUCUGGAGGCCGGCUUUGAAGUUCAUAGUGUCACUGCUCUGCACAUGGCUCUGCUGUGGGGUCUAGCUAGCAGGAUCUUUUGAGUACUGUGAUUUCAGCUAAUGGUCUUUUCUUAAGUCCCGCCCUCCUCCCCUAGAUGAAUCUCAUAUUGAGGACUUGUGAGGCAGUCACCACACUUCCUGUUUUCAUCAGCUUUUCUAAGCUGUAUGUAGCCUGCCUCUCUUGUUCUCUGAGAAGGUGCCAACAGAUGUACAACUGAGGCAGACUGAGGAGCUCCAGCUCUCUUUCCUUCACCAAGUGGACCUUUCCUUUUCUGAUCUUACAAGUCAGAGACAAAGUUGAUCUCCAGAAUAUGUUGAGGCAGACCAGCAG